AUGACUGACAAGAUAGCCCUCCGGAACAACAAUGUCCCAAGAUAUCUAUUCCGCGCGUUCAGCUCAAAGAGUGGGGGCGGACUGGGAAAAAUGAUUAACAACGCACAUGAAGUCAGACCACACGGUUUCAUGCAUGGUCGACAGGGCCAUGAAUUCUACGAUAUGACCGAGAGCCAAAUAUACUUCAUGGCUCACCGUCACUUUAGGGGUGAUAUAACCGUUGUUACAGAGUUCAGCUCGUGGGCAGCAUCGCUUCACCUUGUCCUCUCAUACGCUUUCUCAAUGCCAUCAGAACAUAACCCUCAUGUUGCUAUCAUGGAUUGCAAGGCCUUGGACCGUGGAGUUCUAGUGUGGCAUGCUACACACUUGAUUGGGCUUGGCGAGGAAGAGUAUCUCGCUCAUGGUGUUGUGAGAGGAAAAGGGUAUAAAGCAGUUUCUUUAAAAGAUCUCUUCGAUCACGGUCUCCGCGUCGUAUUCCCAGAGAUUCUUACAGAUCUGGAAUAUGACAACUAUUUUGGUAUUCUAUUGAAGGUAAAAAUGUUUCGCUGCGAACCUAUAGAUAUCUCCGAAAGCGAGGCUCUUGCUAUCAAACGAAUGGGGGGCUUGUUUGGCGAUCUCUCCCUACCAGUUAUGACAGCUUUAUCGUGCUUGCGUCCUCGCCCUUGGAAUAUGGUAGAAGAUAGCGGCAUUUCUGAUGCCCAGAUAGCUGAUCGAGUGAUCAAGUUGUUCGAUAUUGACAAGGUUAAUGUACAUCCAGCCUCAGAGCCUUGGCUUAAACCAAACGCAGUCUUUACGAAAGAUGAGGAAAUUUUGGAAUCUUACCCAGAGAUCGAGCAGUGGAUGUGGCUGCUUCGUGCCAUUAGUCAGCCUCAUCGAAACCAAGUGGUGGAGCGGAAGACAUACAACUUGCGCGAUCUGCCUGGCAGAAGGAAGUGA